AUGACUGAGGAAAGGGCUUCAUUGGGCGAGAGCAUGAGCCUCUCCGCUGUUGAGAUCUACUACCCUGUCAUCGUCUUGAAGCGGCCCCUCCUUGCCUUCCUCCUCGCACUCCUCCGCGCCCUCGAGGCCCCUACUUGCUUAAUCAAUGACGCUCUCAAGGCGCUCUUCGGCGUCACGCUCUACCCGCUCAAUCGACCCCCGCUGAUCAAGCUCGGUGCCUUGCCGAAGCACGGGCGCAUCUUCGUUAUCACCCUCACGGGCGACAACAAGCACAGCCUCGACCAUAACCUUAUUGCCUCCGUCCACUCCGCCCUCACCCACGCCCGCUCGGAAUCUUCCUCCUUCGGCGCCGGCAUCAAUGUUGUCACAAGCGUUGAUGCUAGCGCCGGCGGAAAGUGGAGGUGGAGGCGAAAGAAGAAGAGGAGGCGGCGCCGCCUUCGUAACAAUCGCCAAGGGCCGCGAAGGCCAUGA